AAGUAAUUACCGAUCAAUAAUGAUCCGUUGGUUUAUUAUGACCUGUUAUAUUGGUAUAAACUUACCUUGUGUAGAAUGUUUAACCAGUUGUCAAGACCAGUGAUCGAAUGUAUUGAUUAGUUUAGGCAUUUUAAAAUACCUGAACAUGGAAUUUUAAAAUGAAAGUAGGGUGACAUUUUUGUGUAAUAAUGUUGUGAUUAUGGGGGUUUGUGGGUCGACGGGGCGUACAGGGACAGGAAAUGGUCCGGCUAGAACGUAUGACACAGUCGAUGGACCCGUUGGUGAGACUGACAAUCAUGAAGGAAGGAAAAACACGGGUACUGCCAACGGAAACUCAAACAUACGUAAUCAUACCAACGUUACACACAUAGAAAACACUGAACUCUCGUCUGGAAAAGAUGAAAAGGAUGUUGGUUUAGUACUGGCCGGACAGUUAAACCCCCGUUCCUUCGCAAACAUAGACAUCAUUGACCUGGACGACAACGAGGAGUAUCUUCAAGCAAUACAACAGGCCUACCGAAGACGUCGACCUAAGCUGACAAGAAAAGACCUUCUGGCAGACGUUUACAAGAUGGACUUCCCCCGACGAGGUAAAGCUGUUGUCAUCAACAAUGAAAAAUUCAAAGACAGCCCACAGAGAAAGGGCACUAACGUUGAUAUGACAAGGAUUUGUAACAGACUCGAGAGACUUGGGUUCGAAGUUGAAAGGCACAAUGACGUCACAUGUAAUCAGAUAAUGUCUGCUUUUGUAAAUUCCGCGAAUGAAGACCACAACGAUGCAGACUGCUUUGCAGGUGUUUUCCUUAGUCAUGGGGGAAGUAACGAGAUUCACGGUACUGACGGAAUAUUAAAACUAAAUACGAUUUUCGAAUUAUUUCAAGCAAGUAGAUGCACAAGUUUAGCGGGAAAACCGAAGUUAUUUUUUGUACAGUCGUGCAGGGGUGAAGAAUUCGACGAUGGAAUAAAUGUAAAUGUAGCAGAUGCGCAAGGCAUGAAUGCGCUACCGGAAGAGGAAGUGGAAGUUACAAUUCCAGACGAUGCAGACUUUUUGAUCUCCUAUUCUACAGUAAAUGGGUAUUAUUCUUGGCGUAAUGCUAGGCAAGGAUCAUGGUAUAUACAAGCACUUGUUCGUGUGCUUGAUGAAUGUGGAACUCUGCUAGAAAUACGAAAACUUCUGACACGAGUGAACAAGUUAGUUGCAUUCGAGUUUGAAUCUAAGGAUCGUCGUCAGUCACGGAAGAAACAGAUUCCAUCAUUCUCUUCUAAACUGACGAAAGAUUUAUAUUUUACUCCGAAAUAGGGUUGAUCUCCAUAUCAUCCCACAUUGUUUAGAACGUUCGUACCUAAAUGAUAGUGGGGCAUUCAGAAUCAGCAUUACUACCUUUUAAAAUAAUUAACUUUUUUUUGUUCAUUAAAUCGGCUGUUAACCUAAAUGUAUAAUUGUACAUAAAUGUCUUUAAGAAGAACGUGUUUAAGGUGAUUGCUUGUCCUGUCACAGAAGUCAGUAUCCCGGUCACUUACCCACUUGGGGCUAACACCGUGUAGCCGAUGCAUCAGACACACAAUUAUAACGCAUAUAUUACAUACCGAGGUCCAUAAUACCAGGUUAUAGGUUACUUACACACGCAUGGCGUUUUUUGUUAUGUAAAGACUUGACACAAAUUAUCCGAAUAUUAUAGAUCCUGGUGUGAUUUGCCUUAAGCGACUCAAUGAAUUUCCAGAAUCCUGCAGAAAAUAGCAGCUGUAGAUGAUUAAAGUUGUGUUAGCUUGGAAUUUUAUACAAUUGUAAAAUUUAAUGUUCCACAGGUCACAGUAUCCGGCUGAGUUAGUGAAACGGUGUGAGUAUAAGCCGUAUUAACGACUUGGGCGUGAAGUUAGCAGUAGACCAGUAACAGCAGUAACUACUGUUCUACUGCUACUUCACACCAGUUGCUAAAGACGGUAAUUAGUUAGAGACAAUGAAAUGUGCAAACCCCAUGCCAACUAUCAUCGGCAUAAGCGAAUCGGCCUCCAUGGCCGAGUGAUUAGGGUUGCUGGCCUCGA